UUCGACUCGUCUUCGUCCUCACUCGUCCUCUACUCUCUUGUAUGGGGACUGAGCCUUGGCCCUCAGUUCUAUGGCAGCAUGGAUGCUAAUAUACACCUCAUCUACGAUACCCGGUCUUCUUCGUCUCGCCUCUAGAGCGUCGCUUCUACCAUGGCACCCCCGCAUUCUACCUCAGCUGUUUACUUCUGGCAAGAUCUUCGCCAGCUCCCUAUCUCUCGGCUCCUUAGACACCAUGCCGCCUUCAAUGGUGGCUAUGAGUCAGCAAAAUACGCCGUCUUCCGGUUGGGACGGGUCGUUAUUUGAAGAUGUAUCAGAAGACUAUACAGAGCAAGACGCGAUUCCUGCUCAGUCUCCGUCGAUGCCCCAGAACUCCUCAGAGGCCUUGGCGCAACUCAUCGAACGCGGGGAUUUCGUAGCUGCCAUAAAAGUCAAGAAAACCCUCGAGAAGUUAGGCAUUCCCAUACAGCGGGAUGCCUGUUAUGUAGCCGCUGCCGCCGACGUCCUCUACCGUUACUUGCCAGGCGGGAAGAGGCCACUGGCGAAGCGCAUAUAUGACUUUAAUUCGUGGGCAACCCUCGUUCCUGCUUCCCAGGCAGUUCAGAACGAUUCCUACUUCCAGUCUAUCGCCUGGACUAGCAGCCAGGCGGGCUCAGCCGCCUUCCAACGGAGUGCACUCAAGGUUGCUCAUAUGGGCCUGGCACGAAAGGUUGCCCGCGUUGUGGUCGCGCAAAUUGCCAGGCAAAACCCACCCCACAUCACUAUCGCCUUCAUGAGUGCCUUCGCUGCCGCAGAUCGUGCAGCAACAGGCAACGAUAGGCGCAACAAGGUAGCUUUCAAGCGUCUCUACGGCCUCGCCAUCCGCACUCUUUGUUUGCGUGGACUCAAUCGCGACGCCGUCAAACUCUUGCGCGAUGCGAGAAAUCGGGGCUAUCGUGUCAAUCGCUUCACACUUUCCUUCCUCAGCGUACACUUACGUGCUGCCAGCGACCCCAAACAAAUUCAGUUUGUGGAAAAAGAGAUCAGGGUGGCGGAAAGUGUCGUAAGAACAUCUGUCGCCCCAUCUGAGACCUCACACGAGGACCCAGCCCCCCUCGCGUCCCGACAUCAGCUCCUUCACAGGCUCAGAACGGCCAUCGCGAGGGGUCACCUACCAUCUCGAUAUGCUCUCAAUGACUUCAUUCGUCAGUGCGUACGGUACCAGGACCACGCGACCUAUGAAGAACUUUUCUACCUCUUCAAGACACAUCGGAACCGUUCAGAGGCUAUUAAUUAUUGGGCGAGCGUGGAGAUCGCAUACUACCUGCGUGUGGGCGAAGAGCACGCCGCUUGUCAAGUUUUCACUGAAUUCUUUCGCAUUACGGACCUUCCAGGAACCGUGAGGAAAAUGUUACGCAUCGUCGACCGCGGCGGUCGCCAUCCCCUUUCACAUUUCACAUCCAAGGACGCACACUCAGAGAAGAUCUGGCCGGACGCACGGGUUUCCUUCCUCUUCUGGCGCAUUCUCGUCAGAAUCAUGCAACCUGGCGAGAUAGGGAAGGUGUAUGGUGAGCUCAACUCGCGCUUUUCCUCUGCGCGGGAGCGGCUGUCUUUCUUCCGUAACCCCCUCCAAGUGCCACCAGGCAUGGAACGCAAGAGGCAGAAAGAACUAGCUGAUCUUGCCACGCUACGUCCGGCUAACGAAUCGUUCCCAUAUACCCAUAAUCACUUCCUCCUCUUCCUGCGUGCGUACGCAAGAAUCAAUUACGUGAAAGGAAUCGUCAAAGUGGUGCGCAGGUUGGGCAGGUUGGGCUGGAGGCCCCGUCAGGGAGAUAUCAGGUCCAUAACCCAGACAUACGCGAGAGGAGGGAGCGCGAAGCGAGUGGCUCCGCUUCUGGACAGGCUGGGUAGAGAUGCGGAGCGCUACAAGCACUCGAACGAGGUCGGAACAUCCAGCAGAACGUCUACACAUUUGGGCAUGUACCGCGCUGCUAUUAGGGCCAUGAUGGAUAACUCUCGUUACGCUGAUGCGGGGCGUUUGGCAAGGCACCUACAACGGCGGCUGAAGUACAAGCCUGGCUCCGACGUCAGGACCGACCGCCUCCUGAAUAAGCUGUACGGAGAACUCAGAAAGCCGCGUAGCGAAAGGAAACUGCUGUGACCACCGCUGGACACCAUUCCCGCAAGCAUAUCCAGGCUA